AUGCAAGAAAAAUUGUCCAAUCAUACCGAGCCGGCCUCUGGCCGUAGUGGGCAGAUCUACUGCAACGACGACACCACAAUGCCCAAUCCUGAUACUCUAUUACAGUCGUCCGCUACCUUGCUUUUCUUGACCGGUUUAGAGAAUGGCACAAUUAUGCCAACCCGAACAAAAGUCGAAGCAUCGCAUUGCUAUCCAUGUACAUCCACUACCGGACCUUUCAACGGUCCUACAACAAGUGCGUCCCUCGGAAUUGUUGAGCCUCGACUACAUUCUAUCCAUCUAGGUUCCACGUUUUCGGAAUACGCUCGCGAUAAGCUCCUCGGGUACAUUAACUACCUCUUAAGAGACGUCAACGACGUAAAAGCAAGCCACAAAAAAGAUAUCAUCAUCGGGUGCGACAUGCCUGAAGGCCAGCAGGUCUUGAGUCUGCAUAUGAUGCAAACUUACGUCAGCUCGUACUGGGACCACGUCCACCCACAACUGCCCAUCCUCCACAAGCCAACUUUCAAUGCGAGCACCUGCCCCAAGCUCCUGUUGGUCGUCAUCAUGUGUCUUGGAGCGUGCUGUUUGGGAACGGAUUCUAGUCAGGAGCUGGCUAACUUGUUGGCUUGGGAAAUGCGCUAUGAACUUCUUAAGGAGGCUGACACUAGUCUGGAUGGCCAGCUCUGCGCUCUCCAAGGGCUAUUUCUUCUCGAGAUCUUUGAGAAGAGAUACUCGACGCGUCGGCUAUACGAUCGUGCACGCGACUACAGCGGCAAGAUACUAGAUCGGAUGAGGCGCUUAGGUUUCUUUGAAGAACAUUUGGUCCCAGAGAGUGUUACUAGUAACGAGUCCUGGAGAACCUGGGUCAAGGCUGAGGCUACUAGGAGAUUGGUGUUCGCGGCUGUUUUGAUGGACCGUAUCGACACUGUACAACUUGGCUCUAGCGCCAACGUUAGAAGCCUGGAGAUCAAACUUUGCCUUCCUUGUGCGGAGGACUUAUGGGCCGCCCCGUAUGAUUCCUGGGUAAACCGAACUCAGCCUUUAAAUAACACUAAGCCAGCAUUGUUUGUUGAAGGUCUCCGAAAGAUGAUGCGUCGGGAGCCAAUACAGAUCAGCUCGUUUGGACGAAUAGUACUCAUGGCAGACUUACUUGCUGUUCCAUUCGGAGCAGAACAAGAAAGCCUGCUCCUCACACCGUUUCCUAACACAGCAGCAAGGAUGCGCAACGAAUGGCGAGAACAACUGUUCCUUGCCUUUGAUUUCUGGAAGCGCGACUUCGACAGUGCACUGAACCGACCGGAGAACCGCCCUGCUUCGAAUCCAUACGGGUCCUCGGAUAGUACUGACGAUGACAACGUCUUCGAAUCCCGGACUGUCCUCUACCACCUGGCAUAUAUGGCCAUGCACGUUGAUAUCGCCGAUUGCCAGAUUUAUGCUGGUGCCACGAGACUACCUGGGAGAUCGAUAACUCUGCGAGAUUACAACGACGCACAACGCCGGAUGAAGGAGGUAUGGGCUCCCGCUGCCCGAGCCCGACACGCCACAUUUCAUGCCCUCCGCUUUCUUCGCGGUGUUAUGGUCGCAGGGGAUGACAGUCCGAACGCAAAUGCCCCAUCCAGCGCCGUUCUCUCCUACUCCGCGCGCGACGAUUACCUUCUCAAUCGACCAUGGGUGCUGUACUUUGCCACGCUGAUUGUCUGGUCGUACGGCUUUGCGCUGGAUGGACCGGUCAAGGAGCGGUAUUCACUCCCAAGCUAUGAAGAUAAGGUCAAGGAUAUGGUACUGUAUCUCAAUCGCAUGGGCGGUGUAAGAACACCUGAAGACUUAAGCGAGACUCCGAAUCGCAAUGCUUGCUUGGGGCUGCUGAUCAUCAUGAGAGACAUGUUCAAGCAAACCAGACGGGAGUUGCUGCAGGAGGCAGGCGAUCUGCUGACGGAGUGCAUCAAGAAGUUAGACGUGCAUCGAACCGAGGAGUAA